AUGCAGAUUUGUUUACAGAUUAUGUCCUCCAUCGAUGCACUCGAAAGCUCGGCUGCCGCUGCCUGGCACUGGAACCAGGAAGGCGGUGAGCUUAAACUGAAGCAAGUUUGGAGGACGCCGGCGGCGCUCAGACUUGAAGAAACGUUUCCACGUCUUGGGCCCUUGCGAGUGAACGCGAGGUGUGAGCCCGAAGGCCAGGACCCAGAAAUGGGACGCCGGUCAUCAGAUACUGAAGAAGAAAGCAGAACCAAGAGAAAAAAGAAACACCGUAGACGGUCAUCUUCAAGUAGUUCUUCAGAUAGUAGAACAUACAGCCGAAAGAAAGGUGGAAGGAAAUCAAGGUCAAAGUCAAGAUCUUGGUCCAGAGAUCUUCAGCCUCGCUCACAUUCUUAUGAUAGAAGACGCAGGCAUCGAUCAAGCAGCAGCUCUUCUUACGGCUCUAGAAGAAAACGAAGUCGAAGUCGUUCACGGGGUCGAGGGAAAUCCUAUAGAGUUCAGAGAUCUAGGUCAAAAAGCAGAACAAGAAGGUCCAGGUCAAGACCUCGUCCACGUUCCCAUAGUCGAAGCAGUGAAAGGUCCAGUCACAGAAGAACCCGUAGUCGUUCUCGGGAUAGGGAACGACGUAAAGGCAGAGAUAAAGAGAAAAGAGACAAGGAAAAGGAUAAAGUCAAGGACAAGGAAUCACACAACUUCAAACGUGGGGAAUCUGGAAACAUCAAAGCUGGAUUAGAACAUCUGCCACCAGCAGAACAGGCCAAAGCCAGACUACAGCUGGUUCUUGAAGCUGCUGCUAAAGCUGAUGAAGCAUUGAAAGCCAAAGAAAGAAAUGAAGAAGAAGCAAAGAGAAGAAAGGAGGAAGACCAAGCCACCCUGGUAGAACAAGUAAAAAGAGUAAAAGAAAUUGAAGCCAUUGAAAGUGAUUCUUUUGUUCAGCAGACGUUCAGAUCCAGUAAAGAAGUCAAAAAGUCAGUGGAACCUACUGAAGUGAAGCAUACAACUGCAGCUUCAGGACAAGCAUCAGUAGCUGCUGAUAUGCCCACUAAUGAAAAGGAAAUAGACCCUAGCAUUAUCCCUACGACCAUCAAGUACCAAGAUGAUAAUUCUCUGGCACAUCCAAAUUUAUUUAUUGAGAAAGCUGAUGCUGAGGAAAAGUGGUUCAAAAGAUUAAUUGCUCUCCGACAAGAAAGGCUUAUGGGCAGUCCUGUGGCCUAAUUAAUAUACAUAUAGUUGAAUUAAUAGUAACAUUGGGAAUUAAGGUUUUUAAGUCCCAGUAAUAACUUUGUACUUUUAAAAAGAAUUAAGUUAAUUAUAUAAAAAGGUAAUCUCAUUUCAUUCUCGGGUAGGAUUGAAUAUUUGUUGAUUUGAAUUUAUUCAAACAUUGUGAAUAUUAAAACUAGUGUAAGUUUUAAGAAUGCAUGCAAAUGUCAUACUGUUAAUAAAGCUAAUCCUAAAAAUA